AUGGACACUUUAAUUGAUGUGUUAUUUAACCCCACAAGCUUCACGCAAUUCGGAAGGGAUGACGAAGAAGCAGGGCCUAAUGUAUUACCACUGUCGCUCAGCCAACCCAUUUUUCACGUCGUUUACGAUGACUGCAUUCAAUACUGCGCGAUCUCCUUCUCCAUUGUUAACGUGAAAACGGAUCAUAGCAGCGCAGCCAGCGCUGGUGGUGCACCUCUACUUUUCCCUUCAAGAUACAAUAAGACUACCUCCCAUCUAGCGCCGAUUAGUAAGCUGUGCCUUGUGGCAGAAUGGGAAGAAUCCUGGAUUCGACAUAAUAAUGUGGAUGACGAUAAGUCACCCAAGGACGAACCUGUAUGCGAACUCUUCAUUUACGACGGAUUCGAUUACUAUACAGGGCAUGUCUAUGCUAAGGAUAUUAUCUCAGAUAAGGUUCUAGUUUACAGAUCUAUUAGCUUGGGGGGCUCUAAACAUUGCCAGGUGGGAUUUGGACCAACCUCGAAACCAGGACCAAAAAGUAAAGAUUCCGGCGCGCCGCACACGUGUGCGCUUAAUAUAAAAUACGACGGAGUGAGCGUAUUCACCAAGCCUUUCACCGUAAAUAAAUGUCACGAUCAGCACGAGGAAGGAUUACUGAGUAAAUAUGAGGUCCCAGGCAAGUUUGUGAUGCUGGCGUUCAAACACCAGCUUCUCAGCUGGAAUCUAAACACAAAGUUGUUCGAUGCUAUGAUCCACUUGUCGAAGCUAAUCGAUGAAGUUACCGCUAAAACGGAGCGUCUAGUGGACAAGCAAGACUCGGAAAGAAUGGAUAUCCUGCGAAAAGCUACUGUGUUAAUAAACACAAAAAAGCAAGAGAUCCGACGACUACACGCGAUACUUCAAGAGCACGGCAUUAGCCUAAGUCAUAUGACCGAUACAUUGCGCGACGCCCUAGAUAAUACUAACCAGAAUACCAAACAAAACUCUAAACCCAAAACAGAGCGGAUUCAAGCGUCUGACCCAGUAGUCGAUGACACUGUUGUGCGGAUAGCUAAAAGAGCGACUACUAAAGCAGCCACCACCAAGGCAGCCGCCACCAAGGCAGCCACGACCAAGAGACCGACUACCAAAGCCGUCACGGCCAAGAAGCGAGCGAACUCGAAAACGCCUACCCCACGACCCGGCGCUUCCAAAAGAGAAGAGGCCGAUUCCGCAAAUGCAAAGCCGACUAGGUUUGCGGACAAGCAGGCGUCUGAGUCGGAUCGCGAACUCGAGGGCAGCACGGGGACGGCGGAAGUUUUGGUGCGCAAUUCUCCGGACGAACAAGACGCCCCGAUGGCUACUAGCGUGAUGGACGCUGCCAUGGUAGACGAUGAAGACGUCCCCAACCUCUUUUCCAACUGGGGCGAUGGUGACGACGGCGACGACUGA